CGGGAAGAAAGACAAGGUGGGGGGGGACCCAGAGGGUGGGCAAGAGGUAUAUUCAGAGGGACAGUUUUUUUUUAUUUUUAAUUUCAUGGUUUUCCAUGCAGUGGACUUGGGCCCCCGGUUUCCCAGUGACAGAUUUUCCCACCUUUGGCCGCAGUACUACAGUAUUCGCAAUCCCGUUGUCAGGUCCGUCAUGCGCAGUACGCUGGCCUUUACUUGACUACCGGCAGGAUGUUUAUUGCAGCAGUGAGUUUAGCUGUGCGGUUCCUGCGGAUCCCUGGCUGCAGCCCGUGUCGCUGGGCCGGCAUGUCUGCGAGUGCGUGGCUGGAACCGGGCGCCAAAUGCCUCUUCGAUGAGCCGGUGCGGCUACGGGUGAGUGGUCUGUCGGCCCUGCAACAGGUCACCCUGAAGGCCUCCCUCACUGAUGAGAAGGACGUAACUUUCAGUUCGGUGGCUUUCUACCAGGCGGAUAAGCGGGGCGAGCUGGAACUGUGCCGCUCGCCGUCCCUGGGCGGCUCCUACACGGGCACCGAGCCCAUGGGCCUCUUCUGGUCGCUCACGCCAGCCACUCCGUUAAAGCGUCUGGUGAAGAAAGAUGUGGCCACUUCGCCGCUGCGGGUCCGCAUCGAAGUGUUUGAUGGGCACAGCGGCGAUCCCCAGGGGCUCCCACUGGCCGCCUGUGUCAAUGAGCGCUGGUUCAUGAGUGAAGGGGUGACCAGGAUCCCAGUGAGAAAGGGCAGGAUCCGCGGGGUACUCUUUGUCCCACCUGGCAAUGGUCCAUUUCCAGGGGUUAUUGACAUGUAUGGGUCAGUCGGUGGGGUGGUUGAACACAGAGCUAGUCUCUUGGCAAGCCAUGGAUUUCUGACGCUGGCUUUAGGAUAUUUUGGAUUCGAUGACCUUCCAAACCACUUUCUCAACCUUGAUCUUGAAUACUUUGAAGAAGCUGUGAACUUCUUGAGGCAGCAUUCAAAGGUAACAGGUCCUGGAGUUGGAGCAAUAGGAAUAUCAAAGGGAGGAGACUUGGUUCUUUCAAUGACUACGUUUAUACCACAUGUGACAGCAGCUAUCAGUAUUGGUGGAUGUAAUGCUAACACUUUAGGUAACUUGCAUUACAAAAACAUCACUAUUCCAGGCCUGGGUAUUUCAUUUGACCAAGCUAGGUUUCUGGAAUCAAAUCUUAUUGAUAUCUCUGAAACAACAAAUAACCCAAGGGAUGAAGAAAAUAAAGAUUGUAUCAUCCCAUUAGAAAAGGCUGAAGGUCAUUUUUUGUUUGUGGUUGGAGAGGAUGACAAGAAUUGGAACACUUCACUCUUUGCUCAGCAAGCUAUCGAACGACUGAAGGAAAAUGGAAAAGAAAACUAUGAAAUUCUUACUUACCCAAAGGCAGGACACUUACUGGAGCCCUGCUAUUUUCCAUUCUGUUAUGCUUCUUUUCAUCGGUUGGUAGGGCUUCCUGUGUUAUGGGGAGGAGAAAUGAAAGAGCAUUCAUUAGCCCAGAUAGACCUUUGGCCAAAGAUUCAAAUGUUUCUAAGAAAACAUCUUGAAAAACAACAAAGCCAAUUGUGAAAAUAUCUAAUACCUAAUUCAUGAAAUGGACUGGAUUAUUUCAUACAUCAUUUUUUUAAUAUUAUGUAUUUGAUUCCAUUUGUAUGUGCAUGUACUUUGUGGAGAAUGAUUUUAAAACUUUACCACUUUGGAACCAGUAACAUUUUUCUUACCUUUCCCAUAUCUAUGAUGUAAUAUUUCCUGUCAAUUUCAUUAUGUAAUUAAAGUUUUCU